AUACCUGAGAGUUGUAGAUUUAAAGCCAUAUCACACAUCAAUAUCAAGCAGUAGCUAAUGAGAUGUGAAAUAGAUCAUGCAUUUGAUGUUUAAAUUAGUGAGUUUGGUAGUACUUUUUGGAACUAUACAGGCCUAUUGCCCCCAAUGUCAGGAAGCAGAAGAAGUGAUCCUUAAUUGCUACGGCAAAUACUUUCGUUGCGUCAACGAAACCAAUUAUUACCAAUGCGCAAACUAUGGCCCUGUAACACUAGCCUUUUCAAGUCAAGCAGUUCAGACUUGCCCUAUAGGGUUAGUGUGUGGUGAUGCAAAUCCAUGGGAGUGCGUAGCACCGGAGGAAAGUAGUACUGAAUGUCCUCCAGAAGAUGAAACGACAAUUACAGUAACACAAACCACAUCAAGUGUCCCGAUCUCCACGCAUAGCUCAAACUUUACCGACAUUUCGUUUACGAUAACACCUGCGACCUCAUCCCCCUCUACGGCAGAUCCUUCGGCUUCAACAUCCAGUAAAUCAGAAACUACAACGUCUGGUUCAACUUCUUCAGCUGAGACUUCGCAGAAAGUCACGUCAAAAAUACCUUCUGAUCCAGAAAUUGUAACAACCAGCAAAUCCGAAGUUACUGCAACUAGUAGCACAUCAGCACCAAGUACAACAGAAGCAGUUACUUCAAAGUCAGACUCCACGACUCAAACUAGUACUACCGUUGGUGCCACAAGCACAGUACUGGCAGAAAGUACUACAGGAGGAGCUUCCCAAGGGACUGACACAGAUAGCACAACAAGCAGUGAUUCAACUAAGACAACGGCAGCUUCAACAUCCAUUAAAUCAGAAACAACCACAGCUGGCACAACUUCUGAAGAAGUCACAUCUGAAGGUUCAUCUGAUCCUGAAAUUGUAACAAGCAGCAAAUCUGAAGUGUCAACAUCUGAUAGCACAACCGUAUCAAAUGCAACAGAAGCAGUUAAUUCAAAGUUAGAAACGACGAGUCAAACUAGCACUACCGCUGAUGCCACAAGCACGCUUCUGGCAGAACGUACUACCGAGAGAGCUUCCCAGGAGACUGACACAGAUAGUACCAGAAACAGUGAUUCAGCUAAAACCAUCUGGUUCAACUAAUGAAGAAGUCACAUCUGAAGUUUCUUCUGACCCUGAAAUUGUAACAACCAGCAAAUCUGAAGUUUCUACAUCUGAUAGCACAAUCGCAUCAAAUGCAACAGAAGCAGUAAGUUCAAAUGCAGACUCCACGACUCAAACUAGUACUACUGUUGGUGCCACAAGCACAGUACCAGCAGAAAUUACAACCGGAAGAGCUUCCCAGGAGACUGACACAGAUAGUACAACAAACAGUGAUUCAACUAAAACAACGGCAGCUUCAACAUCGAGUAAAGCAGAAACAACCACAUCUGGUCCAACUAAUGAAGAAGUCACGAGCUCCACAUCAGAAAAAAUAGCGGAAAGUGAUAUCACAACAGAAAUGCCGACAUCAAUUGCCGGUGAGGCGACAACUACAUUCGACGAGUUUGCCGAGGGUACAGACGAUACUACAGGUUCUCCAAGUAGUGAUUCACAAGUAUUUACAACAUCAUCGGUCAAAACCAGUGGCUCUACUGACAAAUCGGGUCAAGUAAACUCAUCAGAGGGAACUGCUGCUACUCCUGAUGAGUCGAUAACUAGUACAGCUGGCACUAGUACAGAUAGCAACGCGACAGUGUCGUUCAGAUGUAUAGCUCCCGGUAAAUUUGCAGACACAAGUGAUUGCAGAAAAUAUCAUUUGUGCAUCGACUUAUUUGACCAAUUUAUUGAUUUGGAAGGAAACUGCCCACCAGGCACCGUUUUCGAUUCAAGUAGUUUGCUUUGCACUACUUCCCCAGUGCAAUGUCCUGGAGAAACACCACUUUCUUGCACAAGCAGCGGGACUUUUUCACAUCCGGAAAAGUGCAACCGCUAUUAUUCUUGCAGUUGGAACUAUAUCUUCAAUAAAUACGACUUGAAGCAGUACCUGUGUGAGCCAAACCAACAGUAUGAUGUAGAUGAACAGAAAUGCGUUACUUCGUUGUCGUGCUCUUUCGAUAAAGUGGAAGAGUUCCAGUGCAGAGAAGUGGGCAAUUUUCCAGUAGAAUACAACUGCAAAAACUUUUAUAAUUGUCAGUUGAGUACAAGCAUCACUUUUAUAAAAACAGUAAAAACUUGUGGAGAUACAGCACUGUUUGAUAGAGUCCGAAGAAGGUGUCGUAUUAUGUGUUUAGUCACGAAUUGUCCUUUCAACAAUAUUGAUCUGUUGGAGUAGUGGGUUACGAGUAACAUUGUUAAUUUUUUAAUUGAAUUAUUGUUAUUACUAUUAUUAUUGAUGUUUAUUCAUACUAUAUAUGUAAUAAAAUGCAAUACAAUUAUUUAUUUGUUAUUGUA